UGCGCCAAAAUUCAAACGACCACACAAAACGAAUGAGAAAGUGGUUGAAUUCAUUAGCUAGCUAUACACAUGAAUUAAUAGGUACUUAUAUAAAGACACCGCGUAAGGAAGCGGCAGAUUAUUGCUACAUAAGGACACUCUCCUAAUAUGAAGUCAGUCCAUCAGAGCACACAUCCAGUGAUUGACAUUUGAGCAGAAUGGAUGAGAGCCCCAGGCGGCCCCUGAUCCUAAGGAAGAGGAAACUACCCUUGGAAAAGAAAGAGGUUCGUGUCUCAUAUGAUGAGCCAGACAGACUGCAGUGCAUCCCUGAGAAUGUCCGUGUCAUGGACCACCCUUCCAUGCCAGACACACAAGUGUUGAUCAUCCCCAAGACUGCUGACCUCCAAAGUGUUAUUGAUACCCUCACUGCCAAAGGCAAAGAACGUGGCCCAGAAGGUCCCAACAAAUUCAUCUUGCUUAGUAGAAAUAGUUCAGAAGACAAACCAGAGUCUCUCUGCCAGCCGUCACUUGAUAUAAGGAAUCCAGGGCCUUUGAGUACACAGGUGGGGUAUGGACUCCUCGAAAAGUCUGGGACAGACUGUCAAGAAAAAGCCAAGCCCCUAACGGCAAUAAAACCACUGAACAAAGGGCUGGACUGCAACCCUCUAGAUGACAGCCUGACAAACAUCCAAUGGUUGGGAAGGAUGAGCACAGAUGGCUUGGAAUCAAACUCUGUUCAGAAAGUUUACAAAAAGGAGUCCCGGGAAUUGAACCCUAAACUUCCCCAGCCCACAGGAGAAGUGGUGCUUCCCACUACUAAAGAUCAACUGUCAGAGAGACCGCCAUAUUCGUACAUGGCCAUGAUCCAGUUCGCUAUUAACAGCAAAAAGAACCGGAAAAUGACCUUAAAGGAGAUCUACACCUGGAUUGAGGAUCACUUUCCUUAUUUCCGAAAUGUGGCAAAGCCUGGUUGGAAGAAUUCCAUCCGCCACAAUCUUUCCCUGCAUGAUAUGUUCAUUCGUGAGACCACUAAUGAUGGCAAGAUAUCAUACUGGACCAUUCGUCCUGAGGCUAAUCGGUGCCUGACAUUGGAUCAGGUCUAUAGGAUGGCAGUGGACUCAACGGUAUCACCUUCCCCACUCGCACCACAAGUCUCUGAACAACAACAAAAGAAGCAAAUUACUGCUGAAGUUAAGAAGGUGCCAGCUGUUGGUGGCUUUGAGAGGAAGAUGAAGCCUCUUCUGCCUCGAACAAACUCCCUCCUGGUCCCUGUCCAGCUCCCUCUUGCCCCAUCUCUCUUCCUGUCACCCAUAAACUUGCCUCCUGCAGCCAUUCAGCAUAGCUGCAUCUCAGCCCCCGGUGGAGGCAAGAUACUUCGCAUUGCCCCCAAGACUCCAGGGGAACAAGUGUCCCACCCCAAGAGAGAAGCUAGCAGUUCCCGCCGCAAGCAGCGCCUGGUCCUGGCCCCCAGCGAGGAGCCCCUUGUUCUAUUUCCAGACAGCACUUUCUUUGACUCUGGUCUGGCCUCAGACCUUUCCAGCUUCCACGACAUCAAGGACGAGCCGCACCCAGAACCAGACAGCCCGGGAAAAGAGUGCACCUUUAAGACUCCGGUCAAGGGUGCCCACCCGGCGUCCUCCACCCCCAGCAAGCCUGUCCCUACCCCACCCAGUCCCAGAAAGGCCAUGCCCCUAGGUUCCGAAGACCACGGCCUGCCAGACGUCAGUCCCAUUCAGGCGGCCAUCACACCGCGACGGCCCAGCCGUGACCCUCUCAACACGUCAAGUGCAGCCUUCAAGGAACUGUCAUUUUAUAGUGGCCCUUACGAUCUCCUGAACACCAUGCCUGACUUUCCUACCUCCCCAAAGGCCCAGGUGUCAGGCACUGGUCCUGCCCCAGCCAACCGCUCCAUCACUGAGGGCCUGGUUCUGGACACCACAAACGACAGCCUGAGCAAAAUCCUGGUGGACAUUGACUUCCCUGGGCUGGAUAGUGAAGACUUGGGGAUUGGCAAUAUCAGCUGGUCUCAAAUCAUCCCUGAUCUUAAGUGAACUAAAGCGCCCAUUGUUUCAGAAACACCCCCCCCCCCCCCCCUUGUCUGCCUUUUCUUUGCAUGCCACAGGAAAGGUACAUUUCACUGCCUCUUGGUUCCGUCUUAAGAAAGAUGUCUUUAGAAUAGUUUGCUUGUUUUUAUUUGUUUGCUUGUCUUCUCUUUUGUUGACAAAUGUAAAUAUAAUAGAUCUUUAUUUGCACAAUCUGUAUAUUUUAUUUACAUAUUUCAAAGUUUAAAUUUAUACAUCAACUCUAAUAAGACACUAUUAUGCUUGGGAAACAGAAAUCCUGGGUAACUUCCAUUUGUUGAACUGUUUGGAGUUUUUCAUAUUCUGUACAUGCAUUAAUAUUACACCACAAUAAGAAAAGGCAAAGGAUAUUUAAAGAGUACAUAGGUAGUGAUCAGGGCUCUUCUUUAAAGUUUUAGAUAAAGACAAGUGGCUCCUUACGACCCGUUUUAAAUGGCUACAGUUUCUUGUAUGUCCAUCUUUAUGUGGCUUUUUAAGAAAUCUAUGGCUUCAUCUGUACUUAAAUUCUAAUAUUACUGCCAUAAGUAGAGGAGUUUUUGUUUCAAUGCCCUUUAAUUGCUUUGUGUGACCAGGACAUGUUUCUGGGCAAAAUACUUCAGGUAGAGUGUUUCUGUGUUUGUUCCCAGUGACCCUGGUGUUUGUUUCCUCGCUUGCGCUAUUUUGAACCUGCUCCUCAGUGCCUCAAAGCUGUAAGCAAGUUCUAGGAAAGCAGUCCAACUCGCAUGGAGACCUAAACCAUGAAUCUUGUUGAAUAUCUACGUGGAUAUGAAGACCAAGAUGUCAUUUUUGUAAAGUAGGCUGUGCACGAAUCAGUGGUCACAUUGGAAACGUGCUGAAAGGCAGAAGCUGUCUUCUGGUGCAGAAACACCUGUGUAUUACACUGAACACUAUCACUGAAGCUGACAUUUCAUAAGAACUGCACUGCUAUGCAUUCAUAACAAGGUUUUUUUUUUUAAAUUAUAUGCAAAGAAUUCUGUUUGUGCUUCUCUCUGGAAUGGAAGUCUCCAAUAUGUCAUUUAUGGGAAAACUAGUCAAGUAAUUCCUGCUGGACUUUGUCACCCUCCGUCAUCAGCCCAGACCUUCACUUAUUGAUGGAAAGUCUUUGCUUUAUCAGUACUGCAAUUUAUUUUUCCAAUUGUACAUAUUUUUCCCCACGUUACAGUGUUUCCAUUAAAAAGGUAAUUUAA